GGCAAUACUAGCGACCAUGAAAUAAUACAAGUCAAAGGAAAUCGACUCUAUUCGUCAGACGGMCCAUAACUGCCGAGCCAUGGCGAAACCUUCAAAGCGACUGUUCGCGGUUCUCUCCCUAUUGGUKCUUCUGCAGCAGUUUUCACCAGCCUUCACUGCCGACUUGUCCCACACGAGACUCAGACACCAUAAGAAAAAACAUGAAAAGAAACAACACUUUAAAGAAGAAGGCAAUUAUGAAGAUCAUGAAAUGGACGAAGACAGGGUCGAAGCACGAUCUUUUGGAUCAUUAGCCGCAAAAGCUGCCACAAAAGCUGGCACAUGGUUAAGAAAAGGUUGGAAAUUCCUUGGGAGCAAAACCUUUAUCUCAAAGGUCAAUCUCGUCGCGGAGGGUGCAUCGGCAGUUUCUUCUUUAGCGAGCAUUUCUAUUACUAUAACAAGAGCCAUCGAAGGGUGCACAGGAUUUGGAAAUCUCAAAAAGAACUGGGAAGAAACCGAAAAACUAAAAAAGGAAUUUCAGGAUUUGAGUGAUACCAUUGACAAGCUCAAUCUACAAGCCCUAAGUCGACAAAUCUACAUCAAUGCAAGCUUCUACGAGUACAGAAAGACGAGAGACAAACUAGAAGAGAUCGCCAAUGAAAAGGAACGAGUACUUCUUUCAUUUGGGCCUGAAGUUUUAGUUAAAGUUAAGAAUACUACUUACGAGAUAGAGCAACUCGUCAAAGAGAAAAAUGCGACAGCACAAAAGAUGACCGAAGAACAGAUCUAYUUAGGAUAUAAGGAAGGCCUUGAACUUGCAUUGGAGCUACUUUUCCCCUCACUAACAUUGACCUUCAGUGGAGCAAAACUCCUGUGGAAAAAGCAUCUAAAAAACACUGUUCUUGGGAAGAAACUUGUUGAGGUAAAGACAAGAAUGGGGAAUGCUGUUGUAUCGGCAGGAAGCUCGGCCGGGCAAAGUUUUUCUGAGAGAAUCAGAUCAAGUAAAAUUAUGAACACACGUUUUGGUAGAGGUCUACAAAAGAUCGGAGAUGGACUCAAAAGUGGUCUGGUUAAAGCAGCUAAGGUGUUUAAAAGUAUUGGAAAAAGAAUCGCUCCAAUUCUAGGGCUUUUGAGCUCAGCGUUUGGAAUAUGGAGCUUCAUAAGUCAACUGACAGAAUGUCAAAAAAUGGCUGAUAAGUCAGAGGAAGGCGUAGCAAAGAUGCGUGAAAUGAUUGCUGAUACGAAAAAAGUUUUUGAAAACGCUACAAUAGCCAAUGCAGAAAUUCAAGAGGCAUUCGAUAACAUUACAAACUACGCUUUCAAUGACGCAGUCACGGGUGCCAUGGGGGACCUGAAAACCAUGAUGAUGGAUUCUUCAGUAGCAAAACAAAACGAUGACACCAGUGAAAUCAACAGUGCAUUACAGGCAUACAUCGACGGUAAGGAUAUUAACACUGUCAGCGAUAAUGACAAACUAAAGAUAAAUGAUGUACAACGAAAUGCCAACGCCGCCUUACACCGUAUACCAUUCACACUACAGUGCUACACAGCGAGAGGAAAAUUCAUUAGUGGGGUGAGAGAAGAGUGUGCGCUUGGUGAACGACCGUUAUCACAGGUUUAUGAUACUGUGAAAAGGUUGCAAGGUGCUGGCGAAGAAUCCAGCAGAUGUGCAGAAAAGACUACAACAGCACUGCUUCCCACACUCGAAAACACUAAAGCAAUGUGGAAAAAAUGGGCUUCGAGUAACAAUCUCGAAGAGGUAUGUCUAAUGAAUAGUAAGACGAUUGUCAAGAGUGUUAUAACACAGCUUCAACAAGGAAAGACAGACGCUACAGAAAUCGCGAAUGCUGUUGGCAAGUCCGGAGCAGAAGAUGAGAUCCAAGUCAUGAUUGACAUCCUUAAGGAUGACCCAAGAGUUAAUCAGCUGCCAGAUAAUGUACAAAAAUUGAUUUGCGAUCUAAGAGACGCUGUUAAUAAGGGUUAUAUGGCCUUAGACGUGGCACUAAGGAUUGUCAAUGGCAGCUCUCCCAACCGAAAGGUUACUGAGGACGAUUUCAACAACCAAACAUGUCCUCCUGCGUAGUCAAUAGAUUUACAAUGAAUACUGCACUUAAACAUUGAAAUAUUGAAACCGGCCAAAUAUACAAACAUCAGUUUUCAAAUACUGAUAAAAAAACGGUGGAGUUUUGAUAAUGGACAUAAAACUUAAAGCUAAAAAAGGAAAAAUGAAGAAAGUCAACUAAGAAACACCUGUAAAAAACCUUUAAUGAAAUAAAUUCAGAGCAAGUCAAAAA